UCGCGUAAUCAGAGUGCAGACAUUCCAGUGGAAUUUGUCUGAAGUUUUUACCAAAAUUUUGUGUGAAAUGCGACAAAAAUGGAUACUUGAGUGAAGAUAUGACGCUUAAAUGCAGAGAAGAGCUUGUAGGAAAGAGAUUUUUGUCUGUUAGAAGUCAUGGAAAACUAAAACUCAGUAAAAUUACGGACUGGGAAUGGCGGUCUGGUGUAAUACGUGCCGUUUCGCCAACACAUCGAGAUAUUACAAGUUCUGAUUUGACGAUACUGGUAGAGUUUGACGAUCGUGAUUGGCAGAAACGGGAGUGGAUUAAAGUACACCAUCUUUACCAAGUGUUUUUGGUGGAACACACACUUGUCUGGCUCCAGCAACCAGACUCCAGCCAGUCUCCAAGUCACCUGACCUGGCCAGCUUUGGUGUUCAAACCUAUUGUUGACAAGGUUGGAUUAUCACACACAAAAAAGAAACCUGUUGAAUUUCUAUUAGACAGAGAUCUGAGUCUUGUGGAUGAUAAAGAACUGUCAUAUUACCAGGAAGGAGAGGAAAACACUCGUGAAUCUGCACUACAGGACCCUGAUGUGCGAAAUGCUGUGAAGGCGUGGGUAGACUAUCAGGACGGACAAAAGAUACUACUAACAACACCCACUGUUCUUGUUGGCUACCGUGUGGAAGUGUAUCGUGCUGAGGGUACAACACAGUGGUACACAGCGGUUAUCCACUCUUACAAUCACAGCACUAAAACUUUAGCUGUUACUGAUGACACUGUGUUAGAACACCACAAUGAGGACCCUACCCUCACUCAGAUGCGAUUGAUUGAUGAUGGGGUUGUGGAUUCAAUUCUACGAGGCGUUGAAGUUGGAAUCGUACCAAGACGUCGUCCACGGACUAACAACAACAACAAUAGCAGUAAUAGUAAAGAACAAGUUCAUCGAAGACCUACCCACGGCAGCAGUACACCCACCAAUUCUCAACAGACUACCCCUCCAGUGAGUCGGUCCUCAACUGGAACACGUACCAGUAAAAGCCGACAGAAAAACGUUGAACAACAUCCAGAGAAAGUUGCAGCAGCAGACAGAGUCAACUCAUCCAGGAGCAGAUCUCAAGCUUCUAGAGAUCGGAAACGUAAGUCAUAUGUUGACACUGAAGAUUGUCAACAGUGUGUAUCACCAGGCAAACAACAGAAAGGAAGUGAUGAUCCAGAGUACACCAUACUGCCAGAACCUCCAGAUCCUGAGGAAGUUUCCAAUAAAGACACGUUGAAGGUGCAAGAAAAAGACGUUACAAAAGAAACUCGCUCAAGAGAAAAAGCAAAAACAAGGCGAUCAAAGAAUAAUUCUAAAGAUACUUUUAAACAUAUUGCCAAUAUCACCUCAGGUAACAAAGUGAGUAAUAAUCCUGUGCAUAAAGACAAACACAAGGAAUCUAAAGCAAACUCAAAGGUCAAGGAGACCUCCACCAGAAGCAGAGCUACAGAAAAAUUGAAACUAAAAAGUGAGAAAACUAAACUUAACCAAUCUGGAAAGCAACAUGAAAGCCAACUAAGUUCAAAAAAUGAAUUGAAUGAAGGCGAAAAAAGUGGGGAAGUAACCCAGAAAGCAUUAAAAACAGAGACUGAUAGUACAGAGGAAGGGGAUGAUAAUAUGCACUUCAAAAAACAGAUUCUAUUAAGUGGUGGAAAUAAUUCUGGUCGUUCUAGUGAUAGCCAGCCAGCAUCUUUGACUAAUAUUGAUGUGACACGUUCAAUCACUGACCAAAUCACAAAGGCCAAAGCUGAUAAACUUGCAUUGAAUUGCGAUGGAAAACCAUCAGAAUCUGAGGCAGCAUCUCACAUAUCAACAUUUUUCGGUGACCAGUCUGAUAUAAAUGUUUCAAAACCUCAGGCUUUAAGUCCUGACAGACAUCGUGAUAAUUUGAUAGGAAAUACCCAGACUCAAAUAAACACUGGUAUUGUUCGUAGCAAUACCCCUACACCAGGUACUGAAGACAGGUCAUACUCCAGAGGUAGUGACGAUCGAUCCUUCUGUGGUUUUUAUGAUGACAAGAAACCUAGCUCAAGACCAAGUUCUAGAUUAGAUGAAGUUAGGAGUGUAAAAAGUAGUCCAGCUUCAAGUCCAUUAAUUGUGGACAAGAAUGAACCUGUACAUAUAUACAGGGAUCCAGAACUGAUGCGCAAAAACCCUGUACAGAGUAAUGUACAAAAUAUACUAGAACACCAACAAAAAACAAUGAGUCAGUCAUCAUAUCCCUCAGUGCACAAUCCCAUACCCACUGCUCCACCCACAGUUAUUCCAACAACUGCUUCCAUGAGCCAUCCCAUCUCCAGGACACUGCUGACACCCCUCCCUUAUCCUCAUUCCCUGCCCCCUUCAAUGAGUACCAUUUCCCAUCAGCUUUCUCUACCUCAUCCUGGAUAUGCUUCUGAUAUUGCAGCCAGAGGACUAGUUGCACAGCAGCAGCAACAGCAACAGCUUGCACUACAGCACUACCAAAAUGCACAGUUAAUGCAGCAACUUUCAUAUUCCCAUGCCGGAAAUCGACUAGCACAGUUGGAAUUAUUGUGGCAGCAGAAAUUUCCAACAGUGCCCCUGCCACCCCCUUACCUUCUUGCUAAACAGCAAGAGGGUCUUUUGGGUGAUGUGUCGAUGUUAAGAGAAAGGGAAAUUAUGGAGCGAGAACGUGCCGAACAGAGAGACCGACUUGUGGAACGAGCCGAGUUGGAGAGGAUAGAACGAGAACACAUUGAGAGAGAGAGAAGAGAACGAGACAGGAAAGAUAGGAUGGAAAGAGAAAAGGCAGAAAGAGAAAAAGCUGAUCGUGAACGCCAGGAUAGAGAGAAGGUAGAACGUGAAAGAGUAGAGAAAGAAAGACAAGAACGGGAGCGAGAGAGGGCUGAGCGUGAAUUGCAGGAUAGACUUGAGAGGGAGCGUGAACAGUCCCGCCAUGAGAGGGAGCGGAUUCUCCAUGAAUCUUCAACAGACAGUCUGGCUGCUGUAGACCAACACUUCACCGAAUCACUGCGCUUGGCUAGUCAACGAGCAAUAGUAACUGGUGUGUGGCCUACUCCCUCAAUAACUCGUGGAACUGGAAAGGGACUUAUUACCAAAUCAGAAGGACAGUGUGUUCAAAAUUCACAAUCAUUGCAACUGUCUAAAGAGGAAGAAAAGGCUAAAAGAGAUAUGGAAAGGGAAAGAGAAUUACAACAUGAAAUGUCAAGACAUACAGAAGAAAAACGAUAUUUGCAGCAACAGGAAUCAUACAAGCAGCAACGUUUGAUACACGAGGCUCACCAGAAGGCUAUGGAGCAUUCACAAAAGGAUACUAAGGUGGAGGCACCAAAAGUGACGCUUUCAGAUAUGAACAAGUCUGAUUAUUAUCCUUACUCCUAUCCAGGUGUCGGCUAUCCCUCACAGCCUGACAAACAGACAAUAUUUAAUCUCUAUGGCUACCCAUCACCUCACUCAUCUGUAAUAACUACAGAACAGUUGCAGCAGCGAGGAUUAGUCCCAUCAAAACAUAUCAAAGAGGAAAAGACUGAAGUUAAAGGGUUAGUCCCCACUCCUGCUCACACAGGAUCUGCCCAUCUGUUAUCUCGAAACAAAGAGAUUCCACUGGCUCAUACAAAUAUUAAGAAAGAAAAGACACCUAGUUCAGUGAUAGUUGAAAACAAAACUAGUGUCAAAACGGAGAAUACAGUAAAUGCACAAUAUGGGAAUCCAGUUUCAAUCUCCUCAUCUCCUAGACCACAGCCUCGGCCUGCUCACACUCCCGAACAGAGGUUAGAUCGUACAACAAGUCCCGCUUCUGGUAUUCCUCAUCAUUUACUGUCACACACACUAUGCAACUCUCCUCCGGGAAGACCCCUUCAUCAGUCGCAUCCCACAGCAUUUAGAACAAUGGAGAGUAAUUCUGCAAGUCGAUCUCAAAGUCCACACAUGACAACUAGUCAGCAGGCACAGUCUGUAUCUUUGGCACAACCAGUCGACUACUGCAAAUCGAAUACAAGACUCAAGGCCACAACAGGGUCUUCCCCAUUACCCUCUAGCAGUGCAUCAGGUCAUACUUCAACUGCUUACCCAGCUAUUGCACAACCUCCUGUGUCCCUUCCACCCUCAUCACUUUCAUACAGUUACAGUCUGAUUCAACAGGGUCUUGUGCCAAAUCCGAUAUAUAGCCAUAGCUCUGCACAGAGUAUGGCCAAACCUGCUACUGUUCAGAUGUCCAGAACAGGUGCCGCAAACGUUCAGAACAGUACAUUACCUGGAGCUAAUUUGUCUGGACAGGAUACCUCCUCUGGAAUGAAUGUUCAUUCCGCUCUUAUGGAAGCAGGGCAGAAAAGGAAACCGAACACUGAUUCCAAAGGAAGAAAACGACAGAAACCUCAGAAUGAAACCCCACCUACAACAACUGGUUCAAUAUUGCAUAUUCCUGUGACCACGCCUCAGAUUUUAACGAACCCUUCUCCAUACACAACAACCAGCAGCAAUAACUACACCAAGAACAGUGCACCAAUUACCACUUCUAAUGGACCUACCACUUCAACAGUUACAGCAUUACUAAACACUUCCCCUAUUUCUCGGAAGGCCGGUUCAGGUUUUAUGGAUAGUUUUCGGUCAUUUGUGGAAAAUACUGUACAAAUUGCAUUCUUUCAGGAUGACAAAAAGGCAGCAGCAGAAAGUAGUCGUAAUACUGUAAUUCAAAAUGAUGCAAGUUCACCUGCGAACAGUGCUAAUAAAAAUCCACCAGAAACGGUGGAAAAGGUAGAGGUGUCUUCACCGCAAGAACAACAUCUUGUGACUCCACUAAUUCCAAGCCCACCCCUUUCAUCACUGACAUUGCCUCAACCCCCAAAUACAGUGAAUGAAGACACUUCGUCCUCUGUGAUGACCAACUGUAGCACAGUGAGUAGCAAUAACAUGGCUUCAAUAAUGGAUACAAUAAAUCGGGUAGCGAACGGCCAGGUGGACACGGACAGUGAUACGUUGAGUGCACCAAGCCCUCCACCUUCCUCCAAGUCGGAUAAUAGUCCUCUGCAGCGUUCGGGAAACCAUCCCAAGCUCAAAAAGGCAUGGCUUCAGCGGCAUUCUGAUGAGGACAAGGAAUUAAAAAACGUUUCAUGUUCUGAGGAUUCAAAUCCUGUCAGUAAUGUAAAAACUUCUCUCAAAGGAUCUGUGGAUUCUGCAAGUGAAGGUUGUGCAUCUCCUGCAAGUAGCUUACCUAAUGGCAAUCUAACUGAUCUCAGUCAUGUGGAUGAUGAAUCUACCUCUUCUGCCUCGGAAACAGAAUCACGGGUCACGGAAAACUCAUUACAAAGUAAAAAAAGAGUGAAGAGCAAACGUCCUAACCAUACAACUGCCAAAAAGUGUAAAAUAGAAGAAUCAACCAGUGUUAAUCGUAAGAAAGCUGUAACCAAGAAAAACAAGAUUGAAUCAUCUAAAGAAGUGACCAAAGACGUAAAGGAAGUGGUCAAAUUGAAGGAAGAGAACCCAAUUAAAAAAGAAGAAAAACCUAAAAAUAACACAAAGCAGCAAUCCAGUGAUAACAGUCCUCAGCCGUCCAAUAACAAAAAGCCAUCGCUGCCAGCAUCACAACCUGAAUCUCCAGCCAGUGAUAAAACUUCUCAGGCAAUGCUCACAUCACAAAAAGACAAGAAAAAAUCUAGGAGAAACAAGGAUACAGCAAAAGAACCUUCAGCUGAAAAUAAGAAUGGUGCUUCAUCAUUUAACAAACCUUUGGUGAAAAUGACGGUUGCUACCCUGAAAAAAACCUGCCAGCCAUUCAUUCAGGAUGCAUCAUGUACAGAAAUAACUCCAAAGCUGAUGAAGUGUCGUGAAUGUAAAAUGACACCGACACAGCGCAGCAAGAAAUUGCCAAAUAUAUUCUGUAGAUUUUAUGCAUUCCGAAGAUUAAGGUACAGCGCAAAGGGUGUUGUGUCCAUUGCUGGGUUCUCUGAGCUAUCCGAUGCAGAAUUGGAUGACAUUGAGCCAUGGCUGCCAAAGACUCCAGUACAAGCCCCAGCGUUGGACAUUGAGACUGCAAAGUUUAUCAUUAUGCGAGUAGGAGACAAAUUCUGCGAGCUAGUUCAGCAAGAAAAGGAAGCCAAGAAUUGGGCUGGUGAAGAAGCUAAAAUAGCUUGGAAGAGAGCAGUCACUGGUGUAAGAGAGAUGUGUGACGUCUGUGACACAACACUCUUCAACAUGCACUGGGUGUGUCACAAGUGUGGAUUUGUCGUUUGUCUCGACUGUUACAAGGUCAAGGUGAAGACCACCAAGGAAGGCAAGAGUGAUGAUCACAAGUGGUUGACAUGCAGCGCUAACCGGCAGUCUCACGAAGCCGAGAAGUUGAUGCUUACACAGAUAAUACCAAGUGAUGCUCUUUGGGAACUUGGCCGGAUGAUUCAUGACAUACGGACAAAAUGGCAUAUUCCAACAAAGUGUCCGUGUGCUCAAGGUUUAGAAGUGAAAGUUCUUAGCAAAAAUGGCAUGUCACAGCAAAUACUGGGCAACAUUUCAUCCUCUAAGAAAUUAGUUAAUGGUAUUGGUGAGGAGCAUCAUGGAAGAUCUAGCAAGUCGAGGAAGCGCACGCAUGAUUCGAGCGACUUGAAUGGAAAGGCUGUUGUUGAAAAUUACAACCCUGAUACAACCACAUCUCCGCUCAGUUUGUUAGCCGACGUGGCUUUCAUGGAUUCUGAGAACAGUCGCGAUCGGAGCGACUCGCCUUUCAGUCGAAAGAAGGAUUCGGAUAAAAGCAAAUCUAACAAUGUCACCAGUGAAGAGAUGAUGGAGGUGGAUGAUAAAAAAACACCUGCCAGCUGCUCAACUCUUCGCGAAUUGCUCACAAAAACUGCCGGAAAGGUCAAAGUGCAGAAUGAAACAAAAAAGUCUAAAUCGAAGAACACUGGCAGCACGCUGGAUGACAUUAUCCAGUCUGUUGUGGAAAAGAGCUGCCGAGACAAUGAUUUCAAGUUCCUGCACUACCGGCCCCGUCUUGGUGGGUGGACUCGCGACUUGCCAAUCAUGGUCCACAACCUUACUGAAACGAGUGUCAUGUAUCCUGAUGUACCUCAUUCCUGGCUCUGUGAUGGACGCCUACUUCGCCUUCACGACUCCAGACAUAAAGGAAACCUUAAAAUAUUCCAGGAGCAGUGGCGCAGAGGUCAGCCAGUGUUAGUUUCCAGUGUGGACAAAUGUACCAACAGGAGUUUGUGGAAGCCAGAGUUAUUUGGCAAGGAAUUUGGACAUAUUGAGAAUGACCUUGUCAACACUAGGACUGGAAACGUCAUUGUCGGACAUCCUAUGGAAGAUUUCUGGGAUGGCUUCGAGUGCUUGAAAAAUCGUCCCACUGAUGAAGAUGAUGAGCCGAUGUUACUAAAGCUCAAAGACUGGCCUCCUGGUGAUGACUUCAGUGAUCUGAUGCCAUCUCGCUUUCAAGACAUGAUGCAGGCUUUGCCCCUCCCAGAAUACACACAGAGACAAGGGGUGCUCAAUCUGGCCUCACGUCUCCCAGACUUCCUUGUCAAACCAGACCUUGGACCCAAAAUGUACAACGCUUAUGGCUCCUCCUACUUCCCAUCAGAGGGAACCACCAAUCUGCACCUCGACAUCUCGGAUGCAGUGAAUGUAAUGGUGUAUGUCGGAAUCCCUGAGGAUGGACCAGGCGGCAGAGCUGCUCAUGAACAGGCUGCCCUAAAAGCAAUUGAUGAUGCUGGAUGUGACACAGUAACUAAACGACGUGUUCGGGAGGUUCACGAGAUCCCAGGGGCUCUGUGGCAAAUUUAUGAUGCUCAUGACGCAGACAAGAUUAGAGACUUCUUGAAUAAGGUUGCUAAGGAGCGUGGUGAGGUGAUUGAGCCUGAUCAUGACCCGAUUCAUGACCAGAGCUGGUAUCUUGAUGAGGAGCUUCGGGAACGCGUCUAUCAGGAAUAUGGCGUCGUCGGCUACACUAUAGUCCAGUGUCUUGGCGACUCCAUCUUCAUUCCUGCUGGGGCACCACAUCAGGUGCGAAAUCUUCACAGCUGCAUCAAAGUUGCAGAGGAUUUUGUUUCACCUGAGCAUCUUAACCACUGCUUCCGGCUCACCCAAGAAUUCAGACAACUCUCUGAUACACAUUCCAAUCAUGAAGAUAAACUUCAGGUAAAGAAUAUUAUCUACCAUGCUGUGAAAGAUGCUAUUGCUGUUCUUAAAGAGGCAGACCCAGAGGACGAAUGAUCAAACUGAUGGAAAGAUGGAACACUAGGAUUAUACUGGGCAUUUGGUGAACAGAAAGAAAUGUUCAAAAGUAAACAAGACAAGUUUAUUUUAAGAUUAAUUUUAACAGGACAUAAUGGGUCUUUUACAAACUCAAAAUUGUAAAAGACAUGAAUAACAUUUUAAGAAGCCAACUAUUGGACCUUUAUUAAGUGCUACAUGUUAUGGCAGCAGUUGUGAUUCUGAUUGGUGCCUGGUUAGGAGAGAAAUGGAAGAAUAUACAGUUUGGGCAGGUUUGCCACACAUUUGGAAGUUCUUGGACAGUUACAUUUCUUUUAAUUAGUAUAUAGUGCAUGGGAACUGCUAGAUGAGAAACGUGACUUCCAUCACGGUCUCAUGACCACGCUGCUCGACAACAAAGUGCUGUUAGUAUGGAUGGUUACUGUAUAAAUUGAACUCAACCUGGCAAAACCAGAAUGUUUUUUGUUUUCCAAAGGAAAGACAAGAUAUAACCAGCAGAAUGUGUGAGAUUGUUCUGAAACAUUCAGGACCAGUUCAAAUCGGAUUUCUUUACUGGACGUGGUUCAAAAGUGUGAGGAUAUUGAUUGAACAAGGCUGCUGACUACCCUAUGUGAUGUGGCCAAGGAAUAACCAGCUGAAGCAGCUGAUCGGUGGGACUAGAACAGUGAAUGGUUUACUGCCAUCUUCAGGCUGUUUACAGUGAUAAACAAUUUUAUUGCUUUGCUAAGCUUGGUUUGGAAUGUCAUUGCGACGGUAAGGAGAAAUUUGGUCAUCGGGACAUCUUAUAGGAAACCGGCACAAUUUCAUUGUUAACACUUUUAAACUAAAGCUUUGCAUAACUUUUCAAUAUUACAUUAAUAUAAAAACAUUUUUACUGGGCGUUGUUGUUACACAAGUCCUUAGUUUGAAUAGCUAUUUAGACAUUACACAAUGUCAUUGUAUAGAUUUAGCCUUCAAGGCAUGACUUGUGAUUAUUUGUGAUCAGGGAAUUCAUAUGUUCGAGAUAUUUCUAACAUGUGAUAUUAGUUACAUAAUUAAUAAUUAUCCAUAGACAUACCAAAUGUAUAGCUGUAUGUUGAUGUUUCAAAAAUAAGGUGAUUUGUAAAACCAAGAUGUAAUUGUUUAGUGCACAUAAUUAUAUUGUAAUAUGAUAAUGGGCUUGUACGUCAAUUGCAUUACAAAUGAUUGGCAUGCCUAUUUUGCUGUUGUGCAUUCUAUUUUGUGUUGUAAUGUACAAGUUUAAUUAUUGUUAUACAACUGCAUCAAACAUACAUUUUGGAUGUUAUAUGGGGCCAUAACCUCUUCUGCAAUUAUUCAUUACUGUUCAAAAUUCAUGUUUCAUAUUCAUUUUGCUUACGAUUUCUGUUCCAUUGUUAUGUUUUAUCACACCAUUGGAGUUUGGCCAUGGCUUUCACACUACCAUACAUUUACUGUUUUUUGCAUUUUUUAUUUAAUGAGCUUUGUUAAUAAGUGUGCAGAGUAUAAUGCAUCAUGAAGGUGUUCAUAGUUUGUCAAAUAUAGCCACUAGUGACAUUUAACAUCAACAGAAUGGUGGACUUUGUUAAUUGUGUAUCAAGAACUGCUGCCUGCAGGGAUGACCAUACAUGAAACAUCUAGUACGUCCUACACUACUAGCUGUAUAUAUUACAGAUUAUUUUUCUAAAAAAAAAAAAGAAAUCUGAUGGAGCAAACUGUACAUUGCUCCACUUAAUCAUUGGCGAAAAAAGUGAAGUGUUACGCAUAACAGCUAGGAAAUUUUAGUAUUGUCCUAUCAUUCUUAAUAAAAAGAUUAUUUCCCCUGA